AAUAAUUUAAAUAACUUGAAUUCUGAAGGCUGCGAACGGGUAUAGUCGAUUUGAUUUAAACAAAAUAAAAUAAGAAAAACACAAAUUUAACUAUUUUUAGUCCACAAUAUGGAAUCGUCUCCACUUGAUUUUGUUGCACAAUCUUGUAUGGAUUUAACGGAGGCAAUUAAGGAGGUUCAAAGUGAAACUGAGCGCGAUACUCUUAUUACAAACCACAUCAAGAAAGUUUGGUCUACAGUUACUCCGAUUGAAGACUUUAAGAAAAAUUUAGAAUGGGUGAAUGUAUCCGAAGCAAUAUCAUUAUCACAGCAUUGCUCCGACAAAGUAGUGAUAUUGGAUUUCUGGACUUAUUGUUGUAUCAACUGCUAUCAUGUGCUGCCAGACCUAGCUCAUAUUGAGAAACUGCAUUCUGUUGAAAGUGGUUUAGUUGUGAUAGGAGUGCACUGUGCCAAGUUUUCGAAUGAGAAGGAAUCUACUAAUGUUUUAGCAGCUGUACAUAGGUACAAUAUACAUCAUCCUGUAGUGAAUGAUGCUGACAGCUGCAUGUGGGAUGCACUGGGAAUAAAGUGUUGGCCCACAUUACUUAUAUUAGGUCCUGGCAAUAAGCCCCUUUUUAUAUUAACUGGGGAAGGUCAUAAAGAUGAAUUGGUUUGGUAUGUGGGCAAUGCGCUGGCGCAUUUUGGAAAUCGCAUAUCUAGUACUCCAUUACCCAUGGCCCAGGCGAAGCAUUUGAAAAGUAAGGAAGAAUCGGUGUUGUAUUUUCCUAGCAAGAUAUCCCUAAAUCCCUUCUACCGAGGCCGUGCAGACGAGCCGUUCUUGGCCAUUGCAGACACAGGUCACAACCGUGUACUACUAACUGACUGUUCUGGCGUCGUGGUGAGGAUUGUUGGCGGCAAGGAAGCUGGCUUCAAGGAUGGAAAGCUUACCGAGGCCCAGUUCAAUGCUCCACAAGGUCUAUGCUGGUUGUCCAGCAAUGUUUUGGCUGUAUGUGACACGAAUAACCACUCAGUGCGCGCCAUACACCUUGACGAGGGCUCUGUGGAAGUUCUUGCGGGGACUGGAGAACAAUCCGCUUUUGGUGACUUAGGUGGCAAAUGCCUCGGUGUCCAACCCCUCGCGUCUCCAUGGGACGUGCUAUUAUAUUCGACUCCAGACAUGGACAUGUCAGUGCGACCACUUCUACCACCCCCACCACCUCCACCUAACAGCCAAACUGCGCCUGACAAAGAAAAAGAAGCAGCCAAAGAUGAAAAUAAAGAGAAAGAAAAGAAAGACGAAAAACGUCGAGUGUUGUUGAUUGCUUGCGCUGGCUCUCAUCAGAUUUGGGCUCUAUUCCUCGACACUACCAUUUGGUGGAAGUACAAAACGUUUACUGAAGGUACAUGCGUGUGUAUCGCGGGUACUGGAGCUGAGGCAGCCAGGAACAGCGCUUACCCCAACACAGCUGCGUUUGCGCAGCCUUCUGGACUUACACUUAGAAUGGGUACAAGUCCGGAAAUCUUCAUAGCAGACUCGGAAAGUUCGUCGAUCCGUCGUCUGGCGCUGACGACGGGACAGGUUUCCACGCUGUGCGGCGGUGACCGUAACCCUUUGAAUCUCUUCGCAUUCGGAGAUGUGGACGACACGGGUAUCGAAGCGAAAUUCCAACACCCUCUAGGCGUGGCUUACUGCGAAUCAUCCAAGACCCUCUAUGUAGCAGACACAUACAACCAUAAAAUAAAAAAGGUUGAGGUUGGACCGCAAAAGGUUACCACUCUAAACCCAACCAUGAUUGAGACGACAGACCCCGCGCUCUUCAACGAACCUUCAGGCCUAUCCAUCACAGCUGACGGCAAAUACUUAUACAUCGCAGACACCAACAACCACGGCAUCAAAAUUCUAAACCUAACCAAAAAUGUGUGCCAAGACUUCAAAGUGCGGUUGCUAGAGCCAAAGUUCACAGAACCAGAUAAUUUAAUUUUAUACAAAAAUGAUCUGUUUGUCAAUAGGAAGUGUGGUAAUCUCAUUAUCUAUUUUAAUGUCAGUUUGGAUGCUGACACUAAAAACGUCAAAUUCACUCCAGGAGCUCCUCAAAACUGGUUAGUGUGCAUACGAGACGAGAAUAACAAGGAUGUGACUCAAGAAGAUUUUGAGUUCAUAAGUUCUUCUCACAAAGGUACCAAGCUCCCUGGCCGGGUAGAAAUGAAACUCAAACAACGAACAGAUAAGUUCCUUUAUCGUUUGUACCUCAGUUUUCACACAGCGUUGUGUGACGCAUCCGUAUGUUUCUCUCAUUCUUUUACGAUCCGAUCAACUAUUUUGGUUCGGGAUUCGGUCAAAAUGGUGGAGUCAUAUAAAAUCACUUGUAAAGUGAAUCCCGUUAAUAGACCGGAUUCUAAACAAAGUAAGGAUGAUCAGAAGUAAGGAAAGAUGAAACUUUUUCUUUGACAAUGCAAGCACAACUCAGUUUAGCAGCAUGAAGACAAAUUAUAUUUAAGUUAACCUGAUUACUUUUAAGUGUAUUGUUACUAAUUAAUAACAGAGAUUGUUAUUUAUAUUUUCAUUUGACUAUCAUUUUAGUUUUGUUACUUAAUUGAGAUA